CAGCCUCUCAGCCUCUCUGUUCACCACCAAGCCGACACGAGCCCACAACAAAGAUAAGGCCUGCUGCCAACCCGCUGCAGCCCCCAGCUCGCGCGACAUGGCGCCCACCCGCUGGCCCCCGCCGCCGCUCCUCCUCCUCUUCCUGUUCGCCGCCGCCGCUGCCGCCACGGCGACGACAGAGGAUGCAUCCGGCCCGCCUCCAUCACCGACGCCGUGGCCGGAGCGGUUCCACGCGGUGAUGUUCACCAACCUGACCAACUACUCGGUGGCCUCCACGGGCCCGCCGCUCCGCAUCACGGACCUCUACUACGACUGGCCGCGGCGGCGCAACCUGAACCUGGUCCGCCACCAGCUCUCCGCCGACCCGCUCUACGACGUGGAGUGGAACAACGGCACCAGCUUCUACUUCAACUCCUCCACCUGCCGCGUCGAGCGGUUCCCCGUCGGCGUGCUCCCGCCCUGGUGGCUCUCCGGGGGCGGCGCCGAGUACAUGGGGCGCGGCGUCACCGGCGGGAUCGAGUGCCACGUCUGGGGCAAGGCCGGGUUCAUCGUCUACUACGAGGAGGCCAGCACGGGGCGGCCCGUCCGCUGGAACUUCAUCGACGUGACGGGGAUCGAACAGUUCGUGAUGAGCUUUGAGCCCGGCGUGGUGCUGGAGGACGCGCAGUGGCAGGCGCCCGCGCAUUGCUUCCCGGACGACAGCGAAGAACAAGGGAAGGGCAAUGGCCAUGUCGCAAGCAGCAGCGAUGAGGUCUGGGAUGGUCUUGCGGUGGCGAGCAGGCUACUCAGGAAGCUUGCAGGAACUGCAGCAACGUCUUGAUUGUGUUAUACUACGCGACAUCUAUGCAACUAUCUAAUGCUGUUUGUUCCUGUCAAAAACAUUAGAUAUAUGCUCCGAGAUGCAUGUGUUGUGUGUAAUCUGUGCAAGAAGGAAUAAAUUAAUGAGAGGCACAUCUAGUAUUAGAAAGAUUUAUAAAGA